UCAGUGUAUCCAUUACAUGCGGGGAGAGCAGAGCCAAGAAGAGUUUGUUUAUGCAGCGCCAGUGAAUUGCAAUUGUGAUCUCGAGCCGAGGCUGCGAGCGGCUCGGCGUGGUGGUUGGUGGUUGCGGUCAAGGUCUAGGUGCCCGGGCGAGCGGCGUAGCGCGGCGGCCGCACUCCCUCCGCCAGUAGCCGUGGUGGCCCGGGCGCGCAAGAAGGCACCCUUAGCCUCACCUCUCUUAUGGUGCUUGUGCUUUCCGGGGCGUCGGGCAGAAGCGCCGCGGGUGACUGAACCCAAAGCGAUGACGGCGCAGUGGUGUGACUUGGCCUGACCAAGGUGUGCGUUUCGAGACAAGUGCCACGCAGUGAUCGCGCUAGCUAGCGGUGUCAGUGUGAGACGAGUGGUGACAGUGCCAAGGGCUGUUCUUCGGUGCCAUGACAGGUCACGCGCCCACGAACACCGUCCGCUUCGCUGCCGAGGGCGUCGGCGAGGGCGUGAGGCGGAAGCCCAGCAACGCCGAUGGCGUGAGGCGUAAACCUAGCAACGCCGUGACGCGGAAGCAAAGUGUGCGAAGGAGCCUCAAGGAACUCAGCGUCUUCCGAUACUCCAACUUCAUCGACCUCUUUUACUUCACGUCCAAAAAUGAGGUGUGCAAGGCGUUGAACAAGACCCGAGGCCUGUACCAGCGUUGGGGCGAGCUGCAGGAGGAGGGCGCCGUGGUCACCAGCAAGGAGGAACUCGACUGGACCAACACAGAGCUACGCAACGCCCUCCGAUCUAUAGAGUGGGAUCUCGAGGACCUCGAGGAGACUAUAGGGAUCGUCGAGAAGAACCCGAGGAAGUUCAAGAUCGAUGGCGGAGAGCUGACGGCGAGGAGGACGUUCAUCGAGCACACCAAGGACGAGGUCAAGUCCAUGAAAGAUCGUCUGAACCUGACCAAGAAGGACAGAGACGUCACCGCUAGACAGGUAUCGGAAUCUUCAUCAGUGCCAAUCGACGACAACAGCCCCUUAAAGAUGCCGCAGGUGGUCACUCACGGCUCCACGCGCUACAGCCGGCUUGUCAACGAGGCGGACAGCCCCAACAGCGAGUUCAUUGAGAGAACUCUGGCCCAGCAACAGAUGAUCAUGCAUCAGCAGGACGACCAGCUGGACCAGAUAGCCUCCUCGAUGGGAACGUUAAAGAACAUGUCCCGCCAGAUCGGUCAGGAGGUCGACGAACAAGCUGUGAUGCUAGAUGACUUCGGUCAUGAGAUGGAGAACACUCAGAGCAAGAUGGAGAACACACUUAGUAAAAUGGCUAAAGUCAUGCAUCUCUCCAAUGAUCGUCGCCAGUGGGCAGCAAUAGGCGCUUUAUCAGGAGUCUUGGUUGUAGUUGUAAUCCUCUUCUUUGUACUCUGAAUCCCAAUUGUAUAAAGGCUGCACAUUACUUCAUUUACUAUGGGACUGAUAUUCUCAAAGGAACUGAUUGCAUACAACAAUAGGUUAAAAAAAUCCCUAUAAAGCAGACAUUCAAUGCAGUAGAACCCCUAGUUAUUUGCAGUGUUAAACAGUAUAAGAGAUCUUCAGUACUCAUGGUCAGGAGCUUUGUGGUUCUGUUUAUUUAUUAUUGCUAUGUUCUAGAAAGCUUCAGAAAGGGCCAUGUGUGUAAGUAGAUGUGUAGAAUCUGUGCCAAUGAGAGAUAGGCAUAAAGUUUAUAUAUGUUCUCAAAGAAUUCUUUAGCAUAACAGAGUAUUAUUUUUAUGUGAAUUUUCAUCAUACUUGAUUUUCCCAAGGAAUAAAACACUCAAGUUGACUCUAGAAAUGAUGUGUGAAGAAAGAGAAACAAAGAUCAGUGGAAGAAGCACAGUGCCUCAUCAGCUUAAUAGGUGUUGAUGAUGGAUAUUUCUGUUUCUUAAGCCUGGUUCUCAACCGUAAGUAGUGUGUAAUAAAAACACUGAUUUUAUUAGAUUGCAGUGCAAAGAGAGGGACUACUGGACAUGUUUUGAAACUGUCUAAUUUGACACAGAGGUUAAGGGGUGGGUGCUUAAGGUUCUUACUAUACAAUGUUUAAUGAAAUAUGGACAGUAAGUGCAAUAUAGCUCAAAUAUUGUUAUAUUUACUAUUAGAUAGUUUCCUAUCCAUAUAUGGAAUAUAAUUAUGCUAGCCAAAUGGUGCAUUUACCAGAAUGCAUAGUGGGAUUUUUUCUGCAAAAUUGAUUAGCAAAUUGUCUUCCUUAAUACACUUCAUUACUAACAAGUUUAUACAUCCACACUUAUGAGCGCCUUAGCACUCUAAUGUCCACAGAAUUGGUCCGUCUUGAUGCUACAUUUGGUGCAGCUGUUACCACAUCUAAUUUCUUGAAUGCUGACAGGAAUGGAGGUAGUUCCAUUUUUUACUUUUACGUCUAAUAAGGAACAGACCAAGACUUCUUGCUCGCAGUUGUUAAUGUAAUAUUGUAGAUGUGGUUAUUUAAAUAAAUGGUGCAAGGGAGGUGCUUUUAGAAGCCAAUUUUUCUGUGAUUGCAGUUUGAAAUUAAUUGCAGCUGCUAUUGAACUGAUAGUGGAUAUUUAUUAGUGAGUUUGGUUAUGCAGUUAGUCUCUCCUUUUAGUUUGUAAAAUAUGGAGAUACACUGAAAAUUGAUUAUGUAAAUUGAAAAAUGAUUAGGCUGGUAGAAUGAUAAAUUUUGAACUGAUGAUAGUAAAGUUAUUUACACAAGUGAUAUAUAUUUAGCUGAUGUGCAUGUCUGUACUUCAAGAAAUAUUUUUAACUUGUCAAAUUAUACUGAAAGAUAUCACUAAAUUUUAUGAUUUAUGGUUUUAAAAUUAACCUCACUUUCAAUAUUACUACAACAAAAAAAAAAAAAGUUGGAAAAGCCACUGAAAGAGUGCAUGACAUCUUGAAACAACAAGUCACAUUUUUCAAAGGAUGAAUGUCUUUUUUUUCAUCUGAAUAUACAAGAGACAUUUGCAUCUCUUUUAGGCUAACAUUUGACAGAGAACCAUGAAAAUAGGUAACAGUGCUAAGGUAUUAAAAAUAGGACUGGGUAAAGUAUGUGCAAUAUCAACAGCAAAAUUGUUGUUGCUGUGUAAUGUUUGUGGUCAGUGAAACAAGCAGCUUUAGGUGGGAAUUUGUUUUUUCUUUUGUUUUGUUUUGCACUUUUUCACAAAAUGUUAAAUAAUAAAAAGAAUGUUAUAACUAAGAUCGUACAGAUACCUGUGUCAGUUCUAGAUGCUUUUUUCCAUUUUCUAGGAAAAAAAUUAUUAUGUAUGAACAAAAUACCCUAUAUAGCCAUUAUGAUGGAAUGUUUUUAUUCUAGAAUUUUACCUUGGUAGGAAGUGUUUUUAAUUAUUUGCUUCCAGAAACUUGCCAUUUUGAAGAAUGAAAUAGAAUUGCAGUCUUCUUUUGGGUCAUUUAUGAUGAUUCCAACCUCCCUUCAGUGAAUUCCACCACCAAUGAGAGUAUCAACAUUCCAAUGUUUUUUUAUUCUUUUCCGUUUUUAAUGCAUUACCUUGUGCAGCCGCAAAUCUUUAUCACCAGUCGUCUUUUAGUAUAGGCCAUGGCAGUGCUAUAUAUGUAUAAUAUACAUCAGAUUUAAUGCUUUUAUAACAGUCUGUCUUUAUUUUCAUCUCUUAAGGUACUUUUCUUUUUAUCUUGGGCCUAGCUUCCAAGAGUAUUUUAUAUCUUUGUUUAAGGAUUAUUGUAUAGUUCCUUUAUUAAUACUAUUGCUUACAAUCAAAGGAAAUGUCAUUAAGUUAUAAAGCUCAUUUUAUAAUCAACUUAAUGCUUCAUGCACUGGAAUGUAAAAUUUAUUUUUAUUUGUAUAGGUUGUAUAUAAACAUAUUUGUAAUUCAUGCUGCCUGUAUGGAUAUUACCAAUCUAAAAAAUGAAUAAUUUUUCACAAAUCCUGUAUUAGUCUGUACAAAAGCCAUUUUUAGACACAAUUUAAUUUCAUGGAAUGGUAGCAGGGGGAAGUUUAAUAUGACUCAUGUAUUAUAUAGUCCAGUUUAAAAUUUUGGUGCAUAAAACACCAUUUUCAUUCAGAUACUUCAAUAACAUUGUUAUAUUUAUUAUUUAGUCAGUAUCAUGUAUGGAUUCAUCCCAUUCAUUGUAAAUGAAAAUAAUUGACUUGAGAGUUCCAGUUAUUCUUCAGAGCUCUGCACAUGCUGCCUAGUGCUUGCAUAAAAUAUCCUGAAGCCCACCUUCAUAUAGCUCUUCAUUGAUAAUGGGACUAGUAUCAUUUUAAUGAGAAAUCUGGUAAAUUUUUUGACCUGUAUCAAAUAUAACUGAUCUUGGAUCAUUAUUGUAUAUUGUAUACAAUGAAUAAAAUACAUGCAAAUAUUU